AUGAACACUUUACCAAGUUCACCAACACCAACACCAUCACCAUUAAACUAUAAAACAUAUACAUCAAAACAACAACAACAUCAACUCAAAUCAAACUCAAACCAUCAUUCAUCUUCUUCACUUUCAACUAUCAAUUCAUCAUCAAAAGAUCUCAAUCAAAGACCUUCAAGUCUAACUUCAUUACCUAUCAUACAUCAUCAAUUCUUAGAUCAUUCAUCAUCAUCAUCAUCAUCACCUCAUCUAAAUUCAAUUCGUCAAUCAAACCAUCAUCAACAUUCAAGAUCCAUCAAUUCGAUCAACAGUAACACCUCAUCACCUAUCAACUCAAGACCGACCACCCCAGCUCUGUUUCAUCAAGCUACUUCAUCUUCAUCUAGUUCUUCUAAAUUCUCAUCACUCCCACCGUCUCACACACAAGUUCCAUUCAGAUCAGGAUUCCAACCCAAAGGAGUUUAUCGAAACCGUACUGAUCUUUUGGUUUCAUUUAGAAAAGGUAAAGAAGAAAUCAAACGAUUAGAAGAAAGUAGGUUACAGAAAAGGUUAGAAAGAUUAAUCGAUUUACAUUUCCCGAACCCAUCUACUUCAACUUCCAAUUCAACUUCAAAAGACGAUCAUCAUACCACAGCAACACCACUUUUGAAUUCAUUUACAAGUCUUACAAAUCAUUAUCUUUCAGGUUUGAUCGAAAGUACAUCAACUAUCAGAUCCAAAGAACAAACCAUAGUAAGAUGGCAAGAAGAUUCAGAAAUCAAACGAUGUACGAUUUGUAAUUCACAAUUCAGUGUAAGAGUACGAAAACAUCAUUGUAGGUUAUGUGGAAAAGUGAUCUGUUUCUUACCGAUUGAUGAACCGAUUCAUGGAGCUGGAGAAGAAGAAAAACAAACUCGAAAAGAAAGGUGUUCAAGUUUUAUUAGAUUCGAAUGGGAUAGUGAAGAAUUAAUCAAGUCUAGAAUCAUGACCAAUGAAUCGAAUUCGGGUCAAGAGAAAUCAUGGAACUUAAACCAAGAUCAACAUUAUCAAGGAAGAAUCAUUGAAUUGAAUGACGAAGAGAUCGGGAUGAGUGCAGAUGAUCGACAAAGCGUCUUUGAUAUGAUUCAUAAAAAACCAGAUCCGAAUUCGGUUCCACAACAGAAUCCGUUGAUCUCUAAACCUAAAGGUGUAAGAGUCUGUCGAGAAUGUUUAACGAUCGUCUUGAGAAGACAAUCGAUGACUUAUCCUAUCGAUCUUCCAGAGUACUUGAAACUUUAUUCGAUCCUCAAACAAUUACAAGAUGAAAUCGAACGUAGUUUACCUGAGUUUCAAGAAAUGAUGAUCAAUUCAAAGAAUCCCACUUCGAAUCUAAACCCAAGUAAACCAUUACCACCACUUCAAUUAAUGAACAUGAGAAAAAGACUUUUACGAAACCUACAAUCCUACGAUUCGACCUCCAAAAGGUUAUCCCACCUAACCCAUCCUUCAAACUCGAACCAUUCUCAAAACACAUCAGAAGAAAGGUUAAAGAAAGCUAUCAUCACUCGUUCUGCAUUCUUCUUACGUGAUCAUAUGGGAUUAAUCAGAAGUAUUGGAGGAUUCGAUGUGAUUGAAUUACCCAAGAGUUCUUCUACUGGUUCGACUAAACAUGAUAAGCCUUUUUCGGUUAGGUCUAAAGCUUUGAUUCCAGCUGAAAGAAUCGAAUCUAACACAAUUUCAAAAGAGAAUGAAAUCUUACCUUUUAAUUCGAAUUCCAAUUCGAUUCAAACUAGUCUAAGUAAUCAAACUAAUCAAGACUUUAAUCAAUUAAAUGUACUUUUAGAACAAGAAAGAUUGGUUGAAGGAUACCUAGAAGAAGCUAAUUCAAGAAGACAAUUAGAAGAUUCAGUAAGUUUAAAGAUCAGUUUAGAUGAAUUACGUGAAGAAAUUAAAGUCUUGAAAGAUAAACUGAAGAACCAUUAAAAAAACCAAAAAACUAUUCGAUUUGAUUUGUAAAAUAAUAUAAAACCCCCUAGAAACCAUCACAAAUUCUUAAACAGUUUUACAUAUGUACAUACGUAGAUUUUGGAUGAUCAUCAAAGAUGUUUUUUCAAAGUUGAAUACACCUUCAUCUAACUACAAAAUCGUCUGUGUUUUCUUUCCUUUUGCAACCAAUCAAUUACUUGUUAAGCCCAUGUAUAUGUGUGUGGUAUAUAAUCCUUUUUGGUUUCUAUAUUCUCUAUCUUAUAUUCUUAUUUUUGAUUAAUCUUUUCAUGGACUUCAUCUGAUUUUUCUUUCUUUUUUUGAUCAAUUCUUUCUUUUUGAUCAAUUCUUUCUUUUUGAUCAAUUCUUUUCUUUUGAUUGAAAUUCAAUUCUAUUUCUUUCG